CGCUUCCCGUCGAAACUGGCCUGGAGGUGGAAGGCGUCAAUGUGUAACGCGGGGCUGUGGGCUGUCCCCCGAGGGCGUGGGGAGAGACGAGGCGAGCCGGGGGCUAUAAGAGGCCAUCCAUCCCCACGGAGCCUCUGGCCAAGGGACACGGACGGACCGAGGGAACAGAUGCCGAAGGGAACCCUCGCAGGUUGUGAUGGUUAAGGCGGGACACAUCGUGCUCUCGUUUUGCAGAGGAGACUCUGGUAGUUGUCACAUGAAGGUACAUUUAUAGGAAACUGACUCAUCAUCUGUGCUGCCUCUGCCUCUGCACCCAGUUGACAAGAUGGUAUUUCGGAAGCCACCAGAUGGUGGCUGGGGCUGGGUGAUUGUUGUAGUUUCCUUCUUCACCCAGUUCCUGUGUUACGGAUCACCGCUGGCGGUGGGAGUCUUGUAUUUAGAGUGGCUGGAUGCUUUUGGAGAAGGGAAAGGCAAGACUGCUUGGGUUGGAUCACUAGCAAAUGGAAUUGGAUUGCUUGCCAGUCCUGUCUGCAGUAUAUGUGUAUCAUCUUUUGGAGCAAGACCAGUAGCUAUCUUCAGUGGCUUUAUGGUGGCUGGGGGCCUCAUGAUGAGCAGUUUUGCACCUAACAUAUACUUCCUAUAUGUUUCAUAUGGGAUAGUUGUUGGUCUUGGAUGUGGCCUUUUGUAUACUGCAACGGUUACCAUCACGUGCCAGUAUUUUGACAAACGCAGAGGCCUUGCACUUGGUCUGAUUUCAACAGGCUCAAGUGUUGGACUCUUUAUAUAUGCAGCACUGCAGAGAGAGCUUAUUGAGCUGUAUGGACUGGAUGGGUGUCUGCUAAUAGUUGGUGCCCUGUCUCUAAAUAUAUUAGCAUGUGGCAGUCUAAUGAGACCUUUGGAAUCGUCCAGUUCUCCUCCACCAGAUAAAAUGUGUGUAGACAAAGUCCCAGAACAAUAUUUUGUUUACCAUGAAAAGACUGUUGAAGAAAACAUUAGCAUCCUUGAAAAGGGCUAUAUUGAUGAAAAAAGUGUGAACAAUGUGCCUGAUUGCAAACAGGAUAGCAUUUUGAAUAAGAAUGUAUUGAGCUCAAUAAAUGUAAAUGAGAAAGACACUUACAAAAAGAAAGUUGUGGAACAGACAAACUUCUGCAAGCAACUCGCCAAAAGGAAGUGGCAGCUCUAUUUGACCUACUGGAAGGAGACCGUGGUUCUUUUCAAGAACAAAGUAUUUUCAGCUCUCUUUGUUGCUAUCUUGCUCUUUGAUAUUGGUGGAUUUCCUCCUUCUCUGCUCAUGGAAGAUGUAGCAAGAAGUGCAAACAUUAGUGAGGAUGACUAUUAUAUGCCCCUUAUUUCCAUUAUUGGCAUUAUGACAACUGUUGGCAAACUUAUUUUAGGAAUACUGGCAGAUUUUAAGUGGGUUAACACUUUAUAUCUCUAUGUAACUACCUUAUUAAUGACAGGAGUGGCCUUGUUUGCAAUUCCAUUUGCCAAAAGUUACCUUACAUUAGCGAUGCUUUCUGGGAUUUUGGGUUUUCUGACUGGGAACUGGUCAAUUUUUCCGUAUGUAACAACAAAGACUGUGGGGAUUGAGAAACUGACUCAUGCCUAUGGGAUAUUGAUGUUCUUCGCUGGACUUGGAAAUAGCCUUGGACCACCAAUUGUAGGUUGGUUUUACGACUGGACGCAGGAGUACGAUACUGCUUUCUAUUUCAGUGGCUUUUGUGUCCUGCUGGGUGGAUUUCUCCUGCUGUUGGCAGCACUGCCCUGCUGGAAUGCCUGCACCGAUCAGAGCUCCAAACUGCCUCCAAACACUUACUCCUACAAAGUUGCAUCUAACACUUAGGUGACAACUGGAAAACACUUUGCGCCUUUUUAUAUUAUAUAGCAAAGUAUUUUAGUAAUUUUCCACUUAUUUAUGAAACCCACAAAUCCUCUUUCCACUAGAAAAAUUCCAUUGUUGCUUGUUGUUCAGUUCCUUUUUCUUCUUUUAUUUCUAUUUUUUAAUGCUGUUUUUAAAAACAGUCUGAUUUUGUGUACUAUGCACCAUGCCUUUGUCUACUGUAAUUUCCUUUCACCCUGUAAAGGGGAUGUUCUGCUGUAUUAUCAGCUGUACAUUUAUUUUAAGGGGGGUUGGUAAGGAGGGGUGAACACUUUGAAGCAAAAAUGAAGGCCUGCUCUUUAUAGGAGAAGGCUGGCAUUUCUGCCACCUUCCAUAGGUCUCAGAGUUGCACAAUUAGGCUUUACAAAAUAAGAAUUUGCCUUAUUAAAAUGUAAUACUAUGGCAAUGCAUUUUUAACAUCAUGCUUAGACUUUCUUGUCUUUUUAAAGUUUCUCCAAUUUAUGAUUAAGUGCCAAUUGUGGGAGGGAGAAGAGGGGAAACAAAAUCAACUUUGUGUUGCAUUGCAUAACUGAAGUGAACAUAAUGAUGAAAGUAAAGAUUCUUAUUACCACUGCGACUAAGAACUAUGUUUAUAAAUAUUGCACAUUUUGUGAAGCCUGUUUAUAAAACUGAACCAAAACCUUUUAAACCAAGGAAUAAAUGUGAUUGUUGAAACCUCAAAAGAAA